CAUGCUUUCUUCGUGACUUCUCGUGCCGAACAAAAAAAUCUAAAAUAUUUAAAUUUAAAAACACAUUUUUUCAUUUUUCAAUUUAAGAAACUCAAAUUUAUUAAUCAUCGUUUGAAAUUUGUUCAUUCAUAAACGGUUGUAUAAUGUCUGCAGAACCAGUGGUAAAUGGUGUCGGUGGUACCGAUGAACAAACCGACAAUGUAGAUGAUGUGAAUGCUAAGAAAACUGUGAAAUACGAUAGCGGAGCUGCUGAUCUAGAAAAAGUGACAGACUAUGCGGAAGAAAAGGAAGUCAUAUCCACCGAUGACAUAUCUGGAGCUAUGACCAUCAUUGGUGACAGAAGGUUAAAAGAAGCUGCAGACAAAAUAGCAAAAGAAAAAGAACUGCAGAAAGUUUCCAUAAAAAAGUCUGAUGUUGAACUUAUUAUACGUGAAAUGGAAAUAUCGAAAACGCUGGCCGAGAGAACGUUAAGGGAAUGUCACGGAGACGUCGUAAAGGCCCUAAUUGCUUUGACUAAUUGAAAAUGUAAACCAACAUUUGGAAUUUUCUAAUUAAAAAGGAAAAAACUACGAAAAAAAAUCUACAUAUUAUAUUAUAUUAUAUACGAAACACACUGUAAAUAAUAUUGACUAAUGUUCAAACAACACGAGUAAUUAAACAA